AUGGCCUGGACCCCUGUGCUCCUCACGCUCCUCGCUCACUGCACAGGGUCCCUCUGCCAGCCUGUGCUGACCCAGCCGCCCUCCGUCUCUGCCUCCCUGGGAGCCGCGGCCAGACUCCCCUGCACCGUGAAAAGUGACGUCAGCGUCGCUGGUCAAACCUUACUCUGGUUCCAGCAGAAGCCAGGGAGCCGCCCCCGGUUCCUGCUGUCUUACUCCUCCAGCACCAGCCUGGGCUCCGGCGUCCCCGGCCGCUUCUCUGGGUCCACAGACGCCUCGGCCAACGCGGGGCUCCUGCUCAUCGCGGGGCUGCAGCCGGAGGACGAGGCGGACUACCACUGUGCGACCUCGCACGGUGGCGCUUCCCACGGUGACCCCCGCGGGCGGGGACGUGGGACACAAACCUCAGCUGCUUCUUCCCGGACCACGCGGCCAGCUGGCGAUAGCUCGCACCUGCGCACUCCGUUAGCCCAGGCACGGCUGGUCCUGGGCCCACUCCCACUUCCCCAGGGAGGUUUCUGA